ACGAUGAGCCGUGUAGUCACCAAUUAAUCAAGAGCAGGCGACAUCUGCAUCUACAUCUCCGCCCGCCGCCGCCGCCUCCUCCUCUUCCAUCUGCUUCUCUUACUCGAGCUGGAUCGCUGAAGAAAGGAAGGCGAUGUCUCCCUCCGGCGAGGUGGUGGCCUCCAUCUCCUCCGCCCUCGCCCUCGCCCUCGUCGUCCUCGCCUGCGUCGAGCUCGGCGACGCAGCCGCCGCCGUCGGCGUCUACCGCCUCAUCCAGUACGACCUCGCCGGCGCCCCGCUCGGUUCCCGCGCCGCCGCGCUGAACCACCACGCCGCCGCGUUCCCGCCCCCCGCUGGCGCAGACCUCUCCCGCUCAGCGCUCGUCGCGCCGCUCCUCGACCUCCCGCUGUCCUUCCUCAGAGAGUACCUGGCGGAGAAAAAACAUCUGGGAGGGUUGCUCAUUCUUCUCCCGACAAAACUCAGCAGCAAGGCUGGUGCAGGGAGCAACGAUGGCAAGGGGCAAGUAAAGGGUGUACUGGCUGAGCUGGAAAAGUUGCUUGUUCAUGAAGAAGUUCCAUAUCCGGUGUACUUCGCUUUUCAUGACGACAAUUUUGAUAACCUGUUGGCAGAUAUCCGUAAAAUUGCCUCUUCAAAUCAACCAGCCUCUGCAACAACAGGAGGUUACAAACUUGUUGUGUCCUCGGCGGAACCUAGGAAAGUGUUAUCUCCGACCAUUUCUAAUAUCCAGGGAUGGUUACCUGGUUUGAAAGGAGAAGGCGAUACUGAACAGCUUCCGACUAUUGCCAUAGUUGCAAACUAUGACACCUUCGGUGCUGCACCUGCACUUUCUGUGGGAAGCGACAGCAAUGGAAGUGGAGUUGUGGCUCUUCUAGAGAUUGCAAGACUCUUUUCACGCCUCUAUUCAAAUCCUAGUACUAGAGGCAGGUACAAUAUUCUAUUUGGGUUAACAUCUGGUGGACCCUACAAUUACAAUGGAACUAGCAAGUGGCUUAGAAGUUUCGAUCAGCGUGUACGCGAGAGCAUCGACUACGCAAUUUGCCUGAACAGUGUUGGUUCCUGGAGCAGUGACCUCUGGAUGCAUGUAUCAAAGCCUCCAGAAAAUCCCUAUAUCAAACAAAUCUUCGAAGAUUUUUCAGAUGUCUCUAAAGAAAUGGGUGUUUCAGUUAGAAUCAAGCACAAGAAGAUUAAUGUCUCAAAUCCUAGAGUAGCAUGGGAACACGAGCAAUUCUCAAGGUUUAGAGUGACUGCACUUACUCUUUCGGAAAUGUCGGCCCCUCCUGAAUUUUUGGAAAGCACUGGUGGUCUUCAUGACACUAGAGAAUCUGCAGAUGUUGAGUCAGUAAUCCGAACUGUCAGAUUAGUUUCUGAGAGUCUUGCGAGACACAUCUAUGGACUGAGAGGAAAGAACAUUGAUGUAUUUGCAGAGAAUAGCAGCUUAGCCAUUAAUCCUCACUAUAUCCAGUCUUGGUUGGAUCUUUUAUCACGGACACCACGGGUUGCACCAUUUCUUCAGAAAAAUGAUCCCUUCAUAGCAGCACUGAAAAAGGAACUGUCUGGACACACUGCUGAUGUGCAUGUUCAGAAUGAUGCCCUCGAUGGCAUGUUGACUUUCUAUGAUGCAACGAAAGCAACUCUAAAUGUAUAUCAGGUCGCGAGUGUUACUUUUGACCUGCUGUUCCUUCUGGUGCUUGGUUCCUAUCUAAUCGUUCUCUUCAGUUUCUUAGUAAUUACUACACGGGGUCUUGAUGAUCUUAUCAACAUAUUCCGGCGACCUCCAUCACGCAAAGUCAAGGGAGCAUAGACUAGAUUGUCUUUUUAAAGUGUAUUAGUAUCGAGAAUGCAUGCCUAGUUAGAAGAGCUAGACAUCAGGAUGACACAGAGGCAAGCUAUCUUUCCACAGCACAUAGACAUGUAAUUGCAAAAUCUUACUGUUUCUUUCUCCAGCCAACGUGAGUGGCUUAAAAUUCCGCCAAGGGAAAACUUUUCUUUCUGUUGUGCGAGGAAUUUUGGCUGUAAUUUAUCUUUGUUUUAUUCUCACAAUUUUGGCUACUGCGAGCCUAAGGCAUCUUUGCUUGAAUAAUUUAUCUUGGAGGUGUGUUAUGUACCAAAGAAGCGCCACGCUGUGCUCCCAACUCUGUACUUGGAUGCAGUGAAGCGCAUCUUCUCUGAAUAAGGAGUCCAUUUUGUAACAA